AGCACACUAAAAGUUUACGAUAAAAGUCGUUAAUCAAGUAGUACGCCUCAGCGACGAAUCGGACGGACUUCCUUUUACUUUCAAGUAGUACGAUUGAACGGAGAAAACAUUGCGUAUGAUGCAGUACUGAUAGUACAUUCCACUUAGACCAGUAUCAGAAAGAGAGAUUCAACGGAAAGUCAAAUGAUCUUUUUACUUUCGAGCAUACUACGCGCGCCAAAUCAGCACAUAACCUCCACGUCGCAGUGAUAUCACUUUGAGCAGGUGUGUCAUAUAAUCAUAUAGGUUCGAAGACGUCAAUAUAAAAAGAGAAAAAAAGAGUUAGUGUCACCUUUGAGUUCGCUUUUCUUGACUCGUCUGAUAAGAUAAUCAGCAAAAAAGAAACGAAAGCACCGUCAACGUGCACUGUUCCCUUCUCCAAAUCUCCUCACGUUCCUUCUCGCGAAGAGUUGACAAAUUUUCGAGCGUACGAGGAUAAUGUCUGACCCGCGCGUAAGAACGCUUAAAAUCAAGACUGGUGUGGUAAAACGUCUUGCGAAAGAAAAAAUUACGUACGAGAAAGAAGCGGCGCAGCAGCGGGAAAGGAUACAAAAAUUGAGGGAACAAGACAAAGAUGGCUACGAUAUAAAGAAGCAAGAAGAGGUGCUUCAAGAAUCCCUUAUGAUGGUACCAGACUGCCAACGGCGUCUUGUUAAAGCAUUUGAGGAACUAAAAAAGAUCCUGGAUACUGAGCAGGAUUUGAAGGAGUUUGAGGAUUACAUUGAAGCUGAGAAGGUGCUGCAAGAGGCGGAGGCGCAACUACCCAAGGAAGGAGACAUCUUGCAAAUGUGUUAGGAAGUGCUGCAGUGACUUUCACAAAAUUAUUUCUC